AUGAUGCCCGAGGUCGAACAAUCCGUCGCACAGUGGGUUCUCCAAUGCGAAGAACUCGGCGUGUGCUUGAACGGCGAGCUCGUUCGCAAGCAAGCAACAAUCGUCUGCGGCCAGCUUCAAGUACCGCUUGACCAAAGACUCAAGAUCCAACACGGCGAGGCAGCGUCAGUUCCACCCGAAGCAGUAGCGUCCGGUCGUGUCGCCGUCCGCAACAUCACCAGAGGCUUCAACGCAAGCGAAGUCUACAACAUGGCUGAGACCGCUUUCUUUUAUCGCAUGUCUCCUCACCGUUCUAUCACCCGAAGCCGUGUGCCUGGAACAAAGAAGUCAAAGGACAGCAUCACGAUUGCGUUUAUCACAAACGCCGACGGAUCCGACGUUGUUGACCGAUUUUCAUCGGGUCGGCUGCCCGUCCACGCUGCUUCAAUGAAAGCCUGGAUGAACAGUAGUCUCUUCACCUCGUACUUGCGCAACCUGGAUGACCGCAUGGCUACCAAGGGUCGCAACAUCUUCAUGUUGAUCGACAACGCGCCGUCCCACAAAGUGGACGAAGAUGUGCAUCUAUCAAAUGUCAAGGUCAAGAUGCUCCCGAAGAAUACAACUGCACAUCUGCAGCCUCAAGACGCAGGCAUCAUUGCCUCCUUCAAGGCCAAGCUUAAGCAGCGGCAGUUGCAGAAUGCCCUGGACCAAAUUGACAACGUGAUGUCAGGACGUCAAACAAAUCUGUAUGAUGUACCUCUUGUAGAAGCCAUGGGAUGGGCCAAAGAGGCGUGGCGAUCUGUGACGCAAUCGACAGUUGUCAACUGCUGGAACCGCGUCGGCAUAUUGGACAAUGACUACUAG